AUGAAGUUGUGGCUGCACCUGCUCCCAACUUCGAGCCUGUUGCUCACCCUCUUCACCGCUCAAUCGGUCGCGACACUGGCGGACCUUCUGCAACGCGAGAGAGGAGAUACCACAAAAAGUGGAGCGCUGCGUGAGAAAAUGCAAAAGCAAGGACAACGAGAGCGACCGACAAGCAACAGCAUUCCGGACUGGGGUGUGGGCAUGUUUCAGUACUUCCGUCCCACAAUAUCCUGGGUCGAAUACACCGUGCCGGUGGAGAGCUUCGCGGCUUUGGUUGCGACCACGAGCAAAGAGGGCCAGGGGCACAGUGGACCGAAAAUCGUCUUCGACAGCGAUCUGGACGACGCACUACUCUCACCCGCCGUGAAGGCGAACACGAACCACCCGGACGCGCACAGUUCCAUGACGUUGCUGCAGGCUGGCACGAAUGGGGAGAAGAAUACAGAUGGUGAGAACAAGCUCAGCAGCGCAAUCACGAUCGGUGAUCAGAACGAAGAACAACAACAACACCGAGCGAUCACGAAAAAUAAAAUCGAGAACUACCUCGCACUUCGCGUGCAGUUUGCAGAUGCAGUCGCGCAGCACCGUCUGCGGGACUUGCCGCCCGGAAGUCUGUACGCGUUUCCGGUGCGCAAUUUCCGAGAGCUGGCGACCGCGCACCGGUUCGUGGAGCUCACUUCGGCGGCGAAAGACUCUGUCGGCUCGCACAUGAACCCGGCCAAGGACGACCAUGGCAUGCAGGCCUUUGCGUGCUGGCUGACGCGGGCGGCGGACGGAAAGGGCGGCUGCGUGGUCGAACUUCGGGCAGAGGCCGAGAAGAUGGAGGGGCACUUGAAGAACGGGCUGUCAGACGCGGAACCGAGUAUAGGGUCGGCGUAA